AUGAGCCCUACAAGUGCUUCUCGGCUGGGCAACGCAGAAGGACAAUGGAGAGAAAUUCGUUCGAAGAGUUGGCUUAUGGUGGGUCAUCACUUCACCGACGAUGUCGCGAAACGUUUCCUUGACGAUGCGGCCAAGCUGAAAGAAGCGGAAAACUGGAUGGACUGGCCAAACACUCUCAUGAACGAUAUAAUUCGCUGGUUUCGGUUAGGUUCCCUCGUGAAAAUAAAAUCA